AUUUUCACUAUUUGUUUUCUUUUUCGUCUCAAAGACGAUAAUAACAUUAAUUUGUGUAAUAAAGUAUGAUUAUUAACUAAAACUAUAUUUAACUAUACUAUAAAAUGGACGAAAGUAAUAUUCCAAUUGACAUAAAUAUUGGAAAGCUUCAAGACUGGCUUGUGAGCAGACGACACGUGAGCAAAGAAUGGCAGAAGAACAUCAUACCUGUAAGGGAGAAAAUAAAUAAUGCCAUCCAGGAUAUGCCAGCGCAUGACGAUAUUGCAGCAUUAUUGACAGGCAGCUAUAUUAAUUAUUUCCAUUGUCAGAAAAUAAUAGAGAUUUUGAAAGAAACUGAGGCAGACACUAAGAAUCUAUUUGGGAGGUAUGGUUCACAGCGAAUGAAGGAUUGGCAAGAUGUACUCAAGAGUUAUGAUAGAGAAAAUUUAUACUUGGCAGAAGCUGCCCAGAUGUUAGUCAGGAACAUCAGUUAUGAGAUACCCGGAUUAAAAAAACAGAUAGCAAAAGAGGAACAGAUGCAAGUUGAAUGUGAGAAAAAGCAUACAGAUUAUCUGAAGAAUGAAGCAUCCAGUAAAUCAGAGUUUUUAACUUUAUGCAAACAGCUGGGGAUAAAGGGUAACAGGAUCAAGAGAGAGCUGGUGGAGCGACUGCAGGAGCUGCCUGAACUAUAUGAUAAGAUUGGUCAAUCCCUCAAGCCUCUACUACCAGGUAUACAAUUAUAUUCAGCAUUUACAAAGUAUGUACUCGGUGAUAAAGCAACAGAGGUGGUGUUGCUACUACAGUAUGUGGUGGAACAUGGCAACACCACAGUUUACGAGUGGAGCUACGGGGAGCCGCCGUUAAGUGUUGAGCCUGAUCCCAUACAUAUAGAGUUGGAUGAUGAGGAAGCUGCAGCUGGUGACCAGAUCGAUUUUGGCGAUAAUGCAAUUGACUUCGGUUCCAUAGACACAGCUGCAGCUAUAGACUUUGGUGAGGGCGAUGCGGCGGUGGAGAUCGACUGGGGUAAUAUCGACGUUGGGCCGGCCGACAGUGUUGAUAUAUCAUCGAGUAUAGCUGAAGUGUCGCUGGAGGAAUCCGGCAUCGUGGUAGAGGAGCAGGGGAUGGGAGGGGGAGUGGCGAGGGGGAAGGACGCACUCACACUACUCGACAACCCCACCACUAGGAACCAGUUCAUAGAUCAACUAGUUGAGUUGGAAUCGUUCCUGAAGAUGCGUCUGUAUGAGACGAACACGUCGAGCGACGGGCUCGGGUUCUCGUUGAUGGAUCAGCUGCCGACGGAGAGUACAGCCGCACUCACGGCGAUGCUGGACGCGGUGCAGGUGGCGGCCAGCAGACUCACAGCGCCGGAGAUAAACCACUUGCACAAUGUUAAACACUCGCCCAGAUACGUGGACGUGCUAACAGCUCAGCUCAAGCAGAAGUUGACCCUUGGCGACAAACUGUCGAAGCUUGCGGCCCGCGCGGCCGAGCAGGCGACCGCAGCAAAUGCCCGAGGUGCCCAACUGCGGCCCGUACUCGCGCGCAUCAUACAACGCACUAAGGAGUUACAGGCUCAAAUUGAAAGUGACAUCUCUAAGAAGUACAAAGGGAGGCCCGUCAAUAUAAUUGGUGGUGUGAAGUUCUUAUGAACAUGACGAAAUUCUAAUGCAGAGCGUAUUUUUGUUAAUAUGUAUAAAUUACAUAAUUAUUUUUCA